AUGGGCAAAGUUCAUCUGGAGUUGAAGCCAGUAAGGGAAGUGAAGAACAGCAAGAAAGAUUUCUGCAGGUGCCAUCAGCAGCAAAAGUACUACAUUGAAGAGACAAUUAUUGAGGAGGGUGAACCACAUGAGGUGGUCACUGAGAUUACUGAGACCUUUAGCACAGACUUCACAGGUCCCAAAACUGUCACCUAUACUGUUGAGCAUGAAAAACCUUCUGUUGAGGAUGCAGCACCUCCAGUCAGAAAGAAGAUAAUACGGACAAAAGUGGACCCAUCUAAGUUUUUGACACCGUAUCUGCAACACAGCAAUAAAAUGAAGGACCUAUUCAGUGAGGUUAAAUACCGCAUGGCUGGUGAAAUUGCUAGAACUAUUUGCCAUGUUGAUGAAAAGGCCAAAGAUAUAGAACAUGCAAAGAAGGUGUCACAGCAAGUGAGCAAGGUAUUAUAUAAACAGAACUGGGAGGAGAAUAAGGACAAGUACCUGCUUCCCCCUGAUGCUCCAGAGCUUGUGAAUGCAAUAAAAAACACAGCAAUGUUCAGUAAGAAACUCUAUACUGAAGACUGGGAAGGAGACAAAACGUUAUUCUAUCCGUACAAUGACAGUCCAGAGCUCAGAAGGGUGGCACAGGCUCAAAAGGCUCUGAGUGAUAUUGUCUACAAAAAAGGGCAUGAUGAACGAAAAUCUAAAUAUACUUCUCUGCCAGAUCCACCUGAUGUGGAACAAGCCAAGAAAGUGACAAGGCAGCUAAGUGAUAUUAUUUACCAUGAGGACUAUAAAAACAAGAUCAAAGGCAAGUGGAGUCAAACUCCAUGCUAUGAUGUUGCAGUUGCGAAAAUGAAUGCAGAAAAUAUAAGUACGAGAAAAUACCAGGAAGACUUUGAAAACAUUAAAGACCAAAUCUACUUUAUGCAGACUGAAACUCCAGAAUAUGAAGCUAAUAAACGAGUUUCCAAUAACGUCAGUAAGAAAUUAUACAAAGAAGCCUAUGAACAAUCAAAAGGAACCAGCAUGAACUACUGUGAUACACCAAAGUUCCAGACUGAUACUAUUCUGAAGAAUUUUAGCGAUGUAAAAUAUAAGGAUGCAUAUCAAAAGAAUAUUUUAGGACACUAUUUGGGCAGCUUUGAGGACCCACAUCAUACACACUGCAUGAAAGUUGAAGCUAUGAAGAGUGAUAAAAAUUACAAAGCAGAUUAUGAGGAGGAGAAGACAAAAUGCUACUUCCCUCAGACCAUCACUCAAGAGUACGAAGCUAUUAAGAAGUUAGAGCAGUGUAAAGAUCACACCUACAAAAAGCAUCCUGAUAAAACCAAAUUUACUCAAGUGGCUGACUCUCCAGUACAGAAGCAAGCUGAGAUCAAUAGCAAACAGCUGAGUGAUAUAAUGUAUCGAUCCAAAGGUGAAGAAAUUAUUCACAAGUACCACCUCCCUCCAGAUGUGCCCCAGUUUAUACAGGCUAAAGUUAAUGCCUACAAUAUUAGUGAUAACUAUUACAAAACAGGAUUGGAAGAAUUAAAAUCAAGGGGAUAUGAUCUAAAAAGUGAUGCUAUACCUAUUCGAGCUGCCAAGGCUGCUAGGCAGGCUGCCAGUGAUGUUAACUAUAAAAAAGGCUAUGAACUUGCCAAGGGUAAACUUGUUGGCUUCAAGAGCCUCCAAGAUGAUCCCAAACUCGUUCAUUAUAUGAAGGUAGCCAAGAUGCAGUCUGAGCGAGAGUACAAGAAAGAUUAUGAGAAAACAAAAACUAAGUACAACAUUCCACUGGAUAUGGUCAAUGUUGUCGGUGCCAAGAAGGCUCAAGAGAUUGCCAGCAAUACUAAUUACAAGAACCUCCUUCACCACUAUACAUACUUACCAGAUGCAAUGAAUGUGGAGCUGACCAAAAAUAUGAUGGAGAUUCAGAGUGAUAAUGCAUACAAAGCAGAUUAUAACAACUGGAUGAAAGGCAUUGGUUGGAUCCCCAUUGGCUCGCUAGAUGUAGAAAAAGCUAAAAAAGCUGGAGAUGCCUUGAAUGAAAAGAAAUAUCGUCAGCAUCCGGACACCAUUAAAUUUACAAGUGUGGUGGACUCUCCGGUAAUGGUCCAAGCCAAACAGAAUUCAGUUCAACUCAAUGAUGCAUAUUAUAAACAAGGCUACCAUGAUCUAAUAGCAAAAGGGAACAAUGUGUCACUUGAUGCUAUUCCAAUUACUUUAGCCAAGGCUUCAAGAGACAUUGCUAGUGAUUAUAAAUAUAAAGAAGCAUAUGAAAAGGCUAAAGGAAGACAGGUUGGUUUCAGAAGCCUGCAAGAUGACCCUAAGCUUGUCCACUACAUGAAUGUAGCAAAGAUUCAGUCUGAGCGUGAGUACAAGAAAGACUAUGAGAAGACCAAGACUAACUAUCAUACACCUCCUGACAUGUACAGUAUCCAGGCUGCUAAACAGUCUCAGGAUGUGGCUUCUAAUGCCCACUACAAAAAUCUGAUCCAUCACUACACUUACCUGCCAGAUGCCAUGGAUGUUGAGCUUGCAAAGAACAUGAUGCAAAUUCAGAGUGAUCCAGGAUCAAUUUUUCACUUGCAGUCUGUGAAUUCUGCAUAUUUUACUGUAGGAGGAGCUAUAGGGAAAAAAAACCCAAAAAUUCAGCCUCUGCUCUGUGGACCUAUGUAUAAAGUUCUGUGGGAAAAUCUUGGUCCAUGUUGGCUUUCUCUCCUUCAGAAUGCGUACAAACAAGAGUAUAACAGCUGGUUCAAGGGUAUUGGAUGGAGUCCUCUUGGUUCUCUGGAUGUUGAAAAAGCUAAAAAGGCUGGAGAUGCCUUAAAUGAAAAGAAAUACCGUCAGCACCCAGACACCAUCAAAUUUACAAGUGUACCAGAUUCAAUACCAAUGGUUUUAGCUCAGCACAACACCAAGCAACUGAGUGAUGUAGCAUAUAAGCAAGAAGGUGAAAAAGUAAAACACAAAUACACCCUGGAUCCUGAUGUUCCUCAAUUUAUUCAAGCCAGAGUCAACGCCUUCAAUUUGAGUGAUGCUAACUACAAAGCAGACUGGAAGAAAACCAUUGCCAAAGGAUAUGAUCUGAAACCAGAUGCCAUUCCUAUUAUUGCUGCUAAAGCUUCUCGAAAUAUUGCUAGUGAUUACAAGUACAAGGAAUCAUAUGAGAAAGAUAAAGGCAAACAGGUUGGAUACCGUAGCCUGCAGGAUGAUCCUAAACUUGUUCAUUACAUGAAUGUGGCCAAAAUGCAAUCAGAUCGUGAAUACAAGAAGGGUUACGAAGUCACCAAGACCAGAUAUCAUACUCCUUUGGAUAUGUUCAGCGUGACGGCUGCCAAGAAAGCCCAAGAAGCGGUUACAAAUGCUGGCUAUAAGCAACUAAUUCACAAUUAUACACUAUUGCCUGAUUCACUGAAUCUGGAGCUAUCAAGAAACGUGAUGCAGCUUCAGAGUGAUAAUGUGUACAAAGCAGACUUUAAUAACUGGUUGAAAGGAGUUGGCUGGAUACCAGCUCAGUCACUGGAUGUAGAAAAGGCCAAAAAAGCUACAGAGAUUCUCAGUGAAAAGAAGUAUCGCCAACACCCUGACAAGCUGAAGUAUUCUAUUACAAUGGAUGCAAUGGAACAAGUGCUAGCUAAGCAAAAUGCCAAGACCAUGAAUAAGAGGCUCUACACCGAUAAAUGGAACAAAGAGAAGACCAGCAUUCACGUUAUGCCAGAUACUCCAGAAAUUCUGCAGUCUAGAGUGAACCAGAUCACCAUGAGUAAUAAACUUUACAAAGCUGGAUGGGAGGAAGAAAAGAAGAAAGGUUAUGACAUGCAGCCAGAUGCUAUUCCAAUAAAAGCAGCCAAAGCCUCCAGAGACAUUGCAAGUGAUUAUAAAUACAAACUAGCCUACGAAAAAGAGAAAGGAAAACAUAUUGGGUUCCGCAGCCUUGAAGAUGACCCCAAGCUGGUACACUUCAUGCAGGUGGCUAAAAUGCAAUCUGAUCGUGAAUACAGAAAAGAUUAUGAGAAGGCAAAGACUAAUUUCCAUACUCCGGUUGACAUGGUCAGUGUCGUGGCAGCCAAGAAAGCACAGGAAGUGGCUACAAAUGCAAACUACAAAAACUUGAUCCAUACCUACAAUGUUUUACCUGAUGCUAUGAGUCUUGAAUUAGCCAAAAACAUGAUGCAGAUACAAAGUAAUAACCAGUACAGAGCAGAAUAUGAUGAAAGUAUGAAGGGUGUUGGGUGGAUGCCACUGGGCUCCCUGGAAGCUGAGAAAAACAAAAAAGCAAUGGAAAUUGUUAGUGAAAAGAAGUAUCGCCAGCACCCAGACAAGUUGAAGUAUUCUGUUCCUAUGGAUUCCAUGAACAUGGUCUUAGCUUUAAAUAAUGCUAAAAUCAUGGAUGAGCACAAGUACAAACAAGCAUGGGAAGAAGACAAAAAGAAAGUUCAUAUCACACCAGAUAUCCCACAGAUUGCUUUAGCAAAAGCUAAUGCAUUUAAUUUAAGUGAUAAAAUGUACAGACUUUCAUUUGAAGAAUCUAGGAAGAAAGGAUAUGAUCUCAGAGCUGAUGCUAUCCCUAUUAAAGCUGCCAAAGCUUCUAGGGAUAUUGCUAGUGAUUAUAAAUACAAAUCAGGUUAUGAACAAGACAAGGGCAAACUUGUAGGCUUCCGCAGCCUGCAGGAUGAUCCCAAACUUGUCCAUUAUAUGCAAGUGGCUAAGAUGCAGUCUGAUCGUGAAUACAAGAAAGCUUAUGAGAUGAGCAAGACCCAUUACCAAACGCCUUCUGAUACACUCAGCAUUGUGGCAGCUAAGGAGGCACAAGAUCGUGUAACCAAUACUAACUACAAGCGACUGAUUCACCAAUAUAUGCUUCUACCAGAUGCAAUGAGUUUAGAACUGUACAGAAACAUGAAUCAGAUACAAAGUGACAAUGAGUACAAGCAGGACUACAAGGAGUGGUUCAGAGGUAUCGGUUGGAGUCCUGUUGGUUCUCUGGAUGUGGAGAAAUCUAAGAAAGCCACAGAAAUUGCAAGUGAUCAGAAAUAUCGCCAGCAUCCCAGCAUGUUCCCCUUUACAAAACAGAAUGAUGCCAUGGACAUGGUCCUUGCAAAGCAGAAUGCAAAUAUAAUGAACAAACAUGCUUAUACUCAAGCUUGGGAGAAGGAUAAAACUCAGGUUCAUGUGAUGCCUGAUACACCAGAUAUUCUACAGGCAAAACAGAACAAGGCGAACUACAGUCAGAAACUAUACAAGCUUGGCUGGGAGGAAAUGAUAAAGAAAGGCUAUGACCUCACACCUGAAGCCAUUUCAGUCAAAGCUGCCAAAGCUUCAAGGGACAUUGCAAGUGACUACAAGUACAAAGAAGGUUACCGCAAGCAGCAGGGACAUCACAUCGGAUUCCGCAGCCUACAGGAUGAUCCUAAGAUGUUGUGGUCUAUGCAAGUAGCUAAGAUGCAGAGUGAGAGGGAGUACAAGAAAGAUUUUGAAAAAUGGAAGACAAAGUUUAAUAUGCCUGUGGAUAUGCUAGGCUUCCUUCUGGCUAAGAAAUGUCAGGAACUGGUUAGUGAUAUAGACUACAAACAGAUGCUACACCGCUGGACUUGUCUGCCAGACCAGAAUGAUGUCACCCAGGCAAAGAGAGUCUAUGAACUACAGAGUGAUAAUGUGUAUAAAUCAGAUCUGCAAUGGCUCAGAGGCCUUGGGUGGAGUCCUUUGGGAUCUUUGGAAUCUGAAAAGAACAAGAAAGCUUCUGAAAUACUGAGUGAAAAGAAGUACCGGCAGCACCCAGAUACCAUUAAGUUCACAAGUAUCCCAGAUGCCAUGGAUAUCGUUUUAGCAAAAUCUAAUGCCAAAAACAGAAGUGAUAUACUGUAUAGAGAAGCUUGGGACAAGGACAAGACUCAGGUUCACAUUAUGCCUGAUACUCCUGAAAUUUUGCUGGCUAAGUCAAACUUAAUUAACACAAGUGAUAAACAUUACAAGUUAGGAUAUGAAGAGCUGAAGAGAAAAGGCUACGAUCUUCCUCCUGAUGCUAUACCCCUCAAGUCAGCAAAAGCAUCCAGAGACAUAGCUAGUGAA